AUGCUGUCUCUCGCGCGGCGUGCGCCCCGCAUUGUACCGUUAAGCGCGCGCGCAUUCUCCGCGACCCGGCCUCGCGCCGAGGAGAUCACUCUUGGACCGCCCGCAUGCUACGUCUCCCACUCCACCGAUCCGUGGUUCAACCUCUCCUACGAGGACUGGCUUUUGCGGUACACCCCCGUGACCCAACCCAUCCUCUUCGUGUAUCGGAAUAUACCAUGCGUCGUAAUCGGACGUAACCAGAACCCAUGGAAGGAGACGACACCGCGAUACCUCCGCGAAAUCGAUCUGCCCCUCGUCCGCCGACGCAGCGGGGGCGGAACAGUCUACCACGACCUGGGGAAUACAAACUUCAGCGUCAUCACCCCCCGAGCGCUGUUUACCCGAAAUGGAGGGGCGGAACUCGUGUCCAGAGCUGUUAGGGAACGGCUGGACGUCCCGAGCUGUACGGUUAAUGAGCGGAACGACGUCGUCCUCCGUCCCGACGGCACCAAGGAGGGCGAGCUCAAGGUCUCGGGAUCGGCGUACAAGAUCAUCUCGCAGCGCGCUUACCACCACGGCACAAUGUUGAUUUCUUCCGAUGUAGAGCACCUCGGCGCCGCGCUCCGUUCAUCCAAUCCCAAGAUGGAAACUAAAGGGAUUGCGUCGCACCGCGCGCCCGUUAGUACCAUUAAUGCUUACCGCGCGGGCGAGAAGGAGAUCACCCAUGACGACUUUGUGCGCGCUGUUCGGGACGAGUUCUGCGCGAGGUACCCCGGUGACGUGAGCGAGUACGACGUGCAUGAGGAGGACGUCGAGUUGCCGCAGGUCGCAGAGGGGAUGGCAGAUAUGAAGUCAUGGGAAUGGCAGUAUGGCCAGACGCCCGAGUUCACCAACAUCAUCCAUGGCCAAGUUAGCGCUGGAAAGCUCACGGCUCACAUUGCGAGUCGGCACGCCCUCAUUACCGAGUGCACUAUCGAGCUUGACAAGCACGAGAGCGCCGCGGACGACGCGGCGCAGGACGCGCUCGAGCAUAUCUCGCUCGCGUUGAGGGGUUUGAGGUAUGAGAACCUCGAGGGUGUCGAAAACAUCCUUGGCCACUCUGUGCCGCCUGACCUCGCAUGGGAGGUGCUGCUGUGGCUCCGGGGAUCGAUGUGA